GUCUGCUCCCUUGCUAAGAAACGGCCUGGGUGGGCUGCAACAACAGAGCCUCCGCAUGUCGGGGCGGCCCCUGCCCGGGCUCGGGCUCUCUGCGUUUCUCUUGCUGGCCCUGGCGGCUUGGUCUCCUCUCUGUGCGCCAGAAUUAUCAGGAGCGGAAAGGGUGACUCCCGCGAGUGGCCGCAGCGGCCACCGGGCCCAUCCUGGCUUCAUGGCCCGGGCGCUGGCGGUGCUUCCCGAUCCAGCAGUUGUUCGAGCGGCUCUAUCCCGAGCUUUGGCCUUACGCCCCAAAGUGUCUGACAAUCUUGCGUCUCCCAAGCCUGUCUCCACUCUGAUCUCUCACCUGCCCGAGAGAGCAUCUCAAACCCUGCCUCCUCCUGUGACCACUCAAGCUCCCACCUGGCCUCCAGAAUUGUCUCAGACCCUACCAUCAAUGGUUUUAAUGCCUCGCCUAUCUUUAAAAGCACUUCAAAUUCGGGCUACGUCCUCCUUGGUGCCUGCCCCAGAUCCAUUGGCACCUCAAACAGCUGCAUCCUUGGUGCCAGCCCCAACUAUCUUGUCUCAUAUUCUGACAUCUCAAAUACCAGCUGCAUCCUUAGAGAAAACGGAAGCGUCAAUGUCAACUCACAUACCAGCUGCCUCCUUGGUGCCGGCCAAAACACUGAUAUCCCCUCUGAUUUCAUCCCUAGUGCCCACCCAAACUUUAACAUCAUCACCUAAGUCUCUAGGUGCGUCUUUUGUGGUCACUCAGACUUCCCAGUUAAUUCAGACUCUCACUCCACCCCUAGUACCUAUCCAAACUCCAGUCUCAUUUCUGCCUCUGGCUACACCCAGAGAGCACUCCCCAACAACUCCAACCCGGCUUCCAAUAUUGCCUCAGAAUCUAGCUGUGUACAUGAUGUCCACCCAAGUUUUCAAAUCGUCUCAGACUUCAACUACACCAUUGGUGCACUCUGCCACCCCAACCCCAUCUCUAGUAAUACCGCAGACGAUGGCUGUGCUCUUGGUGCCUGCUCAGACACUCGUAUCACCACAGAGUCGAGCUCCAACUGUGAAGCAUACUCAGAUUCCAGCCCCACUUCUGCAAUUGCCUCAGACUCUGCCUCUAUUGUUUAUCUCUGGUAAUGCUCCUAACCAACCACCUCAGGCUCUAGUGCCCUCCCAAACUCCAAUCCUACCUUCUGUACCUCAGAAAAAUGGUCGGGUGCUAACUUCAACUGAGGCACUGACUCUGGCUGUUGUGCCACCUCCAGAACUGACCAUUCCUCCAGCUCCACCCCCAGAACCACCUCCAAAGCCAACAAAGCUUUAUCCUCCAUCUCCAGAGAUGACCAAAAUCUUGCUUCUGCCUCUAGAGUUAAAGAAGGUUCCAGUUAAACUUCUGUCAGUUUCAAUGGUGGAAAAGCAGCGGUCUCAGACUCCAGGACCACCAUCUUUAGUAUUGCAGAAGAACAUCCGGGAAAACAACUCUGUCUGCUUGGGCCCAUGUACUUGCAAAGCUGGAACUCUGUCCUGUACUGGCCUCAGUCCUGAACUUCGCCUGCACAGAAUACCAGUGCCAGGACCCAAAGCCCACAACCUCACCUUCUUUUCCCUAGAUUUCCAUGGGAACUCUAUUUCUGUCAUUGAGAGAGGUAUCUGGAAGUCAUACCCUUGGGCUGAGGUUCUAAAUCUCAAGGAUAAUGCUUUGCAUAAACUACACAAGAAUACCUUUGAAGGCCUGCUGUCCCUCCAGUAUUUGGAUUUAUCCUGCAAUAAAAUCCAUGUUAUAGAGAGGCGUGCAUUUGAACCAUUACCUUUUUUGCAGUUUUUAAACCUUGGUUGCAAUUUACUCAAAGAACUCCGUUAUGGAAUAUUUCAAACCUGGCAUGGAUUGCAGUUUUUCCAAAAGUUAAUUCUCACUGAUAAUCCUUUGUCAACCAUUGAAGAUAGUUUUUUUUCCCAAUUGCCAUCAUUGAAAUAUUUGGAUAUAAGUAGAACAGAAGUACCACUUAUGACCAUCGAGAAUAUCCUGGUGACAGCUCUCAAGUUACAGACACUAGUCUUACCUAGCAAUAUUGCUUGCUGCCUGUGUCAGUUUAAAAAGAAUAUCGAAAGUACCUUCAAGACAAUAAAGCUACAGUGUGAAAGCAAGUGCUUCACUAACUCCUUUCUUUGUGAUCAAAAAGAAUCCAUAGAAGAUAUACAAAGACAGUUCACAAAUACAUUGCAAUCCAGAACAAAGAAUUCAAGUAUUGAACUAAACCUACAGCCUGAGAAAGUGUAUAUAGAUAGUGGUAUCUAUUCUUUACCUUUGCUAACUGAAAAAUUAAGUUCUAAUGGUGAAAUCGAUCUUCUUGAUGCAGCAGCAAAGUAUUUGUUGCCAAACCUCCCAAAGGGUAAAGUCAAAAAUAUAGAAUUGAAAUUACUCCCAUUUAUUAAGACACUUAACACCCAUUUGCGAAAUGGAGAAAAAACUUCAAGUUCUUCAACAACUCAAACAUCGUGGGCCUCGUUUGAUCCAAUACAGAUCAAUUUGUCUGAUGAAAUUCAAUUGAGGAAACUUUAUUUUGUGACAAAUUUGCUAGAAACCUAUCUUCGAGAAAAAAUGUAUUAUAUUAAAAACAAGCAUGAAAAACAUGUCAAAGCUAAAUAUCCAGUACUUCGAAAGAAAUGGAAAACCUUCACCCUGGAAAGAAGCAAGAAAUGUGAUGAAGUGUCUGGAAAAUGCAGCCAGCCCCCAGCCAGCAGUGAAAGAAAGGCAGUAGAUAGGGGAGUGGAUGCCUGCAAGGGACAGUUUUGCACAAAGAUGAAGCUAGUGGAAAUAGGGAAAGUCAGGAGCAGUGAGAAGAGCAAGGAAAAAAAGCAUUCAGAAGGUACUUACCACAAAAGGGUGCAGGGAAAACAGGAAAGUGUCAGAUCCUCUCUGAAAAACAUUGCCAAAGGAAGGACAAGAGUUUUGGGGCAAAUUGUGAAAAGGCUACGAAAUCAAGGCUGGCACCCCCGUGUAGGCUCUCUUUCAACUGCCAAUCCCCUGGCAGCAACAUUGGAGGACAGGAGCAAAUCGGAUGGUUUAACACAUUCAAUUACUACUUCAAAAAAUGCAAAUAAAAGGCCUAAGUAUAAGGCACAAAAAGAAAAACAUGGAAUUGGCACAGCAUUUCAAAAAGACCACAGUGUAGUCUUACCUUCUAAUAAAAAUCAUAUUUUUCAUAAAACAAAAUCCCGUAUAGCCAAUGUAUUCCCCAAGACUAAGCAGAGCCAGAAGGUAAAAAAUAAACUUUCACAAAAUAGAUGGUUACAUAAAAACCCUGUUUACACAGAGCCGAGAAGCCUUAUAAAUAAUCCUUCUACAAAGGUGGUUUCACUUGCUUCAGAAAGCAGAAUGUCAGCCAAGACUUUGAAAGGGAGUAUCCCAGCAAAGGCUUCUGAAAGAUACCCUACAAUAAAGACUCCUUCAGAAAAGACUACUGCCGCUUCCAGACAGGAGGAAGAAGUCAUUUUAGAUAGUUCUUUGUCAGCUGUUCAACCAAUCAACAAAACCCACUGGAAAUAUAAAGGGAAGGAUAAAUUUCUACCCAAAUCAAAGGGCCGCAACUCUUCUAAUUUUUCUGCUUCACCAGAAUCGUUUGAAAUGGAACUGAACCAACGGUUACAACCUCUAAUUCCCAAUGAAGCAAUGAGGAACCUCAUUUCCCACGUUGCCGGAACUUUACAAAAGGAUUGUGUGGGGCGUAAGAUGCAACUGGCCUGUACCAAGCUCAUCUCAAAAACGGGUCUCUUGAUGAAACUGCUCAGUGAGCAAGAAAAGAUGGAACAGAAACUUGAGCAUCAGGAUUCCAACCUCUGGAUAGAUGAGACAGACCUCAGUGACAGCACUGACCUGCAAAAGGCCCUAGGCCAGCUGCAAAAAGAUGAGAUGACAAAAGACACUACAGGAUUUGGCUAUAACAACAAACUUCUCUUGGCCAUCUCAGUGACAGUAGUGGUAAUGAUCAUUAUUGCUGUGAUUUGUCUCAUUGAGAUUUGUUCCCAUAGAUCAAGAACUUCAAAAACUGAAACAAAACACUCAUUCAACUUAUGGAGAUUUUUAACAUCUUUCCAUAAGAAGUCUUCCAGAAAAAGUCUCGAAGAGGAUGGGGAUGUCUACAAAAAAGGAAAGCCCCUCUGGCUGAAGGAUAUGUAUCGGCCACUAGAUGCCACACGCAAAAAGAACAUGGCCCAAAAGCUACGUGACCAAGACUCCUCUGAUGAGGAUGAAAUUUUCACCCAAGAGGGAAGGAAUGAAGGAAAAAAGAGCCGCGAAAAGAAAAAAUGAAGAUUAAAAUAAAGCCUCAGACAGAGAUUCAUCAACAUUAUUUUGUGAAUAUUGGUUUCUCAACAAUAUUUGUAAAAUUCUAUUUUUAUCAUAUUAAAUGCAUACGAUCCACUUCCAGUUAUGUGAUCAAGAAGUAAAAUGAAAUAAUGACAUCUAUUUUCAGCAAAAGAAGGGAUGGUCUUCGUCAGACUUUUUGGAUCAGGGUAAGAAAAGGCAAAGAUCUUUGAAAUGCCUACAUAAGCUUGAUACUUGGUACACU